AUGCCUGUCGUCAAAGGAGGUGUCUGGACCAAUAUCGAAGAUGAGGUGCUUCGUGCCGCUGUCUCCAAAUAUGGUCUGAACCAGUGGGCUCGAGUGUCCUCUCUCCUCGCUCGGAAAACGCCGAAACAAUGCAAAGCGCGAUGGAUUGAAUGGCUAGAUCCCGGGAUUCGCAAGGUUGAGUGGUCGCGGGAGGAGGAUGAGAAGCUGUUGCACCUAGCCAAGCUUAUGCCCACACAAUGGCGCACCAUUGCCCCCAUCGUUGGACGCACUGCUACACAAUGUCUUGAACGCUAUCAGAAGCUCUUGGAUGAGGCGGAGGCUCGUGAGAAUGAUGAGCUCGGGUUGGGAGGACCAGAAGGGGGAGAGUCGGCCGCGCCCAGUGCCGACGAUGUUCGCCGCCUGCGCCCGGGAGAGUUAGAUCCUGAUCCCGAAUCCAAGCCUGCACGUCCUGAUACGAUCGAUCUCGACGAAGAUGAGAAGGAGAUGCUCAGUGAAGCUCGUGCGCGUCUCGCCAACACACAGGGUAAAAAGGCCAAGCGAAAGGCCCGAGAGCGCCAAUUGGAGGAAUCGCGUCGACUGGCUGUGCUGCAAAAGCGUCGAGAACUGAAGCACGCCGGUAUCAACGUCAAGGUCGUUACGCGGAAGCCUGGUCAGAUGGAUUAUAACGCAGAUAUUCCAUUCGAGAAGCCGGCCGCCCCUGGAUUUUAUGAUACCACCGAAGAACAGACCCUUAACGAACGCCAGCGAGAGAUGUUUGAUCCUCGCAAGCAACAACUGGCCAACAAGCGAAAGGGUGACCAGGACGAUGACGCGGAGCGAAAGAAGCGCAAGAAUGAUAAAGGCGGCAACUCAGAAGCAUUCGCUGCUGCUGCACGAGCAGGUCAGAUGCAGAAGAUCCGGGAAGCAGAGCAAAGCAGCAAACGCAGAGGCUUGAAUUUGCCCGCGCCGCAAGUCAGCGAAGGUGAGAUGGAGGACAUUAUUAAAAUGGGUAUGGCAGGAGAUAAGGCCAGCCGGAUGAUUGGUGAUGAAGAAGCCACCCGCGGACUUAUUGGAAACUACGGUGCUAUAGUUGGAGCAACACCCAUUCGCACACCACGUGCGGCACCCGAAGAGGAUCACAUCGCCAACGAGAUCAAGAAUAUCCGAGCUUUGACCGAAACACAAUCUUCCCUGCUCGGGGGCGAGAAUACUCCCCUCCACGAGGGAAGCACAUCGACAGGCUUCGAUGGCAUUGCUCCUCGGCGGCAAGAGAUCGUUACGCCCAACCCCAUGGCCACACCGUUCCGACAAACCAACGGCAUGGGUGCAACUCCCAUGCAAGGCCGUGUUGGGCACGGUGCUACUCCGCUGCGCACACCAAGAGACCACUUCGCCCUUAACCGUGAGGGCGAGGGUGGCCAGCUUAUUGGUAAUACACCUCGGGAUAUCAAGAUGCAUGAAAAUUUCAUGCGUCAGUCAAUCCGCAGUAAGCUCUCUGCGCUUCCCAAGCCGAAGGAGUCCGAAUGGGAACUUGAAGAGCUUCCUUCUGAGACUGCCGAGCCCGCUGCGGCCGUUGAGUUAAGCGCGGAAGACGCAGCGGAGCGUGAUCGCAGAGAAGAAGAAGCUCGUCAGAAGGCUGCCGAGGCUGAGUUCAAGCGCCAGUCACAGGCUUAUCAGCGCGGUCUUCCUCGGCCUGCUGUUCUUGAUCUCGAUGCCUUGAAUGCGCGUGCCGCCCAUGUUACUGACCCCAUUGAGGGUCUCAUCGCCAGAGAAGCAGCCAUCCUUAUCGCCCACGAUUCUCGACAACACCCGGUGCCCGGCGCAAAGGUCGAAGGAAAGGCUCCUGAGCUGGUCCACGUAGGUGAUGAAUUCAUGGACGCAGCCCGAGCUGCCAUUGCGGCCGAGAUUGCAUCAUCAGAAGCACAGCAGCAGCAAGAAGAAUGGCAGGAAAAAUUUGAUGAUGUCUGGUCAUCAGCCCAUGCUAAGGCUCUUCCCGGCAUGGACAUCUACGCCGAUGAAGAGGAUGCCUUCCAAGAAGAGCAGCGCAUGAUCGGAACAUUCGACAGCAUACAGGCAACUCUGCUCGCUACGGCCGAAAAAGGCAACAAGCUUGAAAAGAAGCUUGCAUUGCAUUACGGCGGAUACCAGAACCGCGCUAAAACACUGCGCUCCAAGAUUCUGGAAGCCAGUGCCACUCUUCCCAAAGCCCAAGACGAUCUGGAGUCUUUCCGCACUCUCCAGAUCUCGGAAGAAGCGGCAAUUUCCCGGCGACUGGAGAAGCUGCGAGAGGAUGUGUCAUUUAUCAUGCGGCGCGAGCGUGAAGCGCAAGAUUUGUAUAGGAGCCGGAAAGACGAGCUGGACGAGCUGGUUGCUGGCACUGCUAUCGUCAAUGGCUGGCACUGA